CGAGGCCGGGUCGGGGUUGAGGCCGGCGGCACCAUGAGCGGUUACACCGCGGAUGAGAAGCUGCGGCUGCAGCAGCUUCGCGCCCUGCGGCGCCGCUGGCUGCGAGACCAGGAGCUGAGCGAGCGGGAGCCCGUCCUGCCGGAGCGGCGGCUGGGGCCUGUAGCCGCUUUCUGGGAGCGCUUCCUGCAGCCCGGCGGCCUCUGGCGGCAGAAGGUGUUCAGCGCCUACCAGAACACCGGCUUCUUCGUGCUGCGGGUGCUGAUCCCCGCCUGGAUCCUCCACUACUACGUGAAGUACCACGUCUCGAAAAAGCCGUAUGGUAUCACUACGUCGAAUCCAGCGAUAUUCCCAGGGGACAGAAUUUUAGAGACGGGAGAAACUGUUCCACCUCUGGCAGACGAACCCGCUGGGCACCACUGACAGCUGAAAGCCGACUUCCUUCAGCGAAGAAGGCGAGCGCUGCGGCCGCCUGUGUUUUCUCUUCCAUAAAAGAGUCUUUAUUCUGCA